GCCGUGAAGUCUGACACCUGUUCGAUCAUGCAUCUCGAGUGUUGACAUCUGCCUCGAUCAGGCACCAUGACCGGCUCCCGGGCUGCCCGUCACAUCCAGGACUUUUCCUCGGAUUCCACCCUAGAAUACCACUGGGGAUAUGUUGCCCGACAGGUUCCCUGCACCAAGGAUGCCGGGACCUGCGCGUACCUGGACGCCGUCUACCACGACCAUGAUAUCAGCAUGCUGUACAGCUUCAUCCUCUGGGCCGUGAUCGUGGGCAUUCUGUUCCUAUGGGCUGUCGGACGGCAUUUCAUCCAGUUCAAUCGCAAUCGCUCCACUGCUUCCUCCUCCUCUCCCAAACUCGACUCCGAACCUCUCGAGCCUUCCGCCAGUCCCCAAGGCGCAGCUUAUCGUCUCAGCAGGACCGUCCGCGCUGCUGUCCGUCGACAUCUACUCCCUGAAACAGACACCCUUUCCUGGGUAUUCGGACACACCACUCGACUACAACUGCUCGUGUUCCUGAUUCUGUCAGCCUACCUCCUCAUCUUCACUCUGGUCGGAAUCACCUACAAAACCUGGGUGACGCCCAUCUCCGGCAGUCCCGGGCUGUCGAACACGCGCAGCGGCCUCGGCACAUGGGCAGAUCGCAUCGGGGUGCUCGCCUUCGCGCUCAUCCCGCUGUCCGUCCUCCUCUCCAGUCGCGAAUCCCUCCUCUCGCUCAUUACCGGCAUUCCCUACCACCACUUCAACUUCCUCCACCGCUGGCUCGGAUACGUCAUCUACAUCCAAUCCGCCCUGCACACCCUCGGCUGGACGAUCGUCGAGGGCCGACUCUACCAGCCUCAGCCGUCCCAGUGGAACAGCUUCAUCGGCCAACCCUAUAUCAUCUGGGGUAUUGUCGCCAUGAUCCUUCUCUCCUUCUUGGUCUUCCACAGCACAAAGUGGGGGAUUCGGCUCACGGGGUACGAAUGCUUCCGCAAGGCCCACUACGUCGUCGCGAUGGUGUUCGUGGGUGCCUGCUGGGCCCAUUGGUCGCAUCUGUACUGCUGGAUGAUUGCCUCGCUGGUCGUUUGGUUUCUUGAUCGGGGGGCCCGUUUGGUCCGCACUUUCGCUAUCCACCAUCUCAAUGUCCCGUCCGUGAACGCCUCGUUUGGGCUGCAUAUCCCCAAAGCCACGAUCCGGCCGUUUGCAAAUGAGUCUGACGGGGAUGUCGUGAGACUGGACUUCCAGCACAACCAUGACGAGUGGCGCAUCGGCCAGCACUUCUUCCUUUGCUUUCCCGAGCUCAGUAUCUGGCAGGCUCAUCCCCUCACCCCCGCCAGCGUGCCGGGCACCCUCCCCACUGGCCAGCCACACACGUACAUCAUCCGCGCCAGGAAAGGGUUAACUUCACACCUCGCCAAGGCAGCUAAGGCGCAGUCGGGCGCGGGAAAAGGGGAGACUGCGGCCAUGGCGAGUCUCGCGUCGACAACCUCAGUUGUUCUGUCAGGACCGUAUGGCCAGUCAGUCAUGGGCGGUGGCAGUGAGGGUGCAUAUGCAGACAACGACAUCAACGUUCUUUGUGUCGCCGGUGGCACCGGCAUCACGUUUGUGCUACCUCCUCUGCUGAAAAUCAUGACCCACCCAGGCUGUACCGCUAAUGGGAGUCGGCUGGUGGAGUUGGUCUGGGUGAUCCGUCGCGAGGCUGAUAUGCAAUGGAUCGAACCAGAGCUCGAUGUCCUGCGGAAGGUCGCUUCCACCUCGAUCAACUGUCGCAUCCGCGUCUUUGUCACCCGUGAAAGGGGGCCGGCGGAUGUGGAAAGCGCCACAUGCUGUGACUCUGCUGGGGAUCGGAAGCCUUUCAUGGUCCAAUAUUCCACCGAAUGUGAACAAAGCGCCCAUCCCGAUCUGGAUCUCUACUUGUCGGACUUCCUUUCGCGUGUAUCACAGGGUCCGACGCGCAUCCUUGCCAGUGGCCCGUCGGGCAUGAUCACUCGGUUGCGCAAGUCGGUGGCUGCGAGCAAUGAGCCUGGGAAGGUGUGGCGGGGGGAUGAGCGGCGGGAUGUACAGCUGGUGCACGAUGAUCGGGUGGAAUGGUGA